AUGAACAUCCACAUGAAUUCAACAGGAAGUAGUGAAGACCUGUCUACAUUCAAUGCAUCCACGACCCCAACAACUCAGGACAGAAUUGAGUACAACUUCAUCCGAUGCAUCCUGCUCAUCAUAACGACCACUCUACUUCUGACCCUCAACCCGCUGUGUCUUGUGGUCCUGAGGCAUGUCCGCAGCAUCCAGGAAACAACUAAGAUAUUCCUCAGAUCCAUGACGAUUGCCGAUCUCGGCAUGGGACUCUUCCAAGCUCUACCGAUGACUGUACUUGCAAUUUCCGAGACUGAGCAUAUUGGCGAGGCGUUUUGCCAAGUGCUGUCAUUUGCCGGUGAAAUCGUAAUCUACAGUCCCCAGAUGUCACUCCUGCUACUGACUGUGGACCGCUACAUUUCCGUGGUGUACGCGUUGCGCUACCCAUCUCUUGUAACUGUGAAGAAGAUGAACAUCCACAUGAAUUCAACAGGAAGUAGUGAAGACCUGUCUACAUUCAAUGCAUCCACGACCCCAACAACUCAGGACAGAAUUGAGUACAACUUCAUCCGAUGCAUCCUGCUCGUCAUAACGACCAUCCUACUUCUGACCCUCAACCCGCUGUGUCUUGUGGUCCUGAGGCAUGUCCGUAGCAUCCAGGAAACAACUAAGAUAUUCCUCAGAUCCAUGACGAUUGCCGAUCUCGGGGUGGGACUCUUCCGAGCUCUACCGAUGACUGUACUUGUAAUUUCCGAGACUGAGCAUAUUGGCGAGGUGUUUUGCCAAGUGCUGUCAUUUGCCAGUGAAAUCUUAAUCUACGGUCCCCAGAUGUCACUCCUGCUGCUGACUGUGGACCGCUACAUUUCGGUGGUGUACGCGUUGCGCUACCCAUCUCUUAUUUGGGACUCACUAUCACUCAGCAUGAACACAACAGGUCAAAGUGGGGACCCCAUCAGCCAGAGUCUCGCCCAGUACUGA